AAUGUAAUCCUUUAACUCAUAUCUGCAGUGAACUGCUGACAUUUCAUUUUUUUAUUUUUUUAUUUUUUAUUAGCCUUUCCUCCAGCUAGCGGGACUCUGACACCACGUUUACUGGACAUGUGCAAUCAUGUGUCACACUCUUGUAAAUGGAGCGUUAGCCCAUGGCAUCAACAAGUCUUUAGGCGUAUGUGUCUGUUUUUCUACCCUUCCUCGCACAGCAACUAAACAGCGUGUGUGUGUGUGUGUGUGUGUGUGUGUGUGUGUGGUAGCAGGAAUUUGAAUGUCACCUGGAGGAACCAAACGCACGAGGCGUCAUGUGGCCUGCUUGUUUCCUUGACUUCAAAACUGGUAUUGGUGGUUGAAAUAAAGGUUGUAUUGCUUUACAGCUGCACAGUACAGCAGCUGUUGUGUGAGAACACCCUCAUUCGAACCGCAAUUUGAAUAAUUUCUUGAAUAGGAAAACAUGCUCAAUUGAAAAUCCAACUAUUCCGAAUAAGUCUUCAUUUACAGAAUCUGUGUCAAUCUCUGAUAUGGUCUGACGUGCUUCAUAGGGAUGUAACAGUUGGCACUCAAAGACCAGAAGGUUAGAUGGAUACUUUGUUCAUCCAGCUAUCUAUCUAAAGGAAAUGAGAGCCAUACAGGAUGAGAUAAGAGAUGGGAACUUUCAGGUCAUUAAGUGCAAACUGAUUAAUCAAUCAGACAGAUUACCUGCCUGAUUGAUUUCAUCAUAAACAUCACCUUUUAGAUGGGACACUGUUUUUGUGCAUCCUUACUCUCUUGUGACGAAAACACUGGAUUUGGAUUGUUCCCUUUUUUGAGGCUCAUUUGACCCUGAUUACACAUUUUAAGAGGGCCUGACAUCGUUGUGGGUGAACGAUCACUCCAAAGGCUCCUAUUUCCCUUCGUAGUUGCUGAGCUGGGCAUCACGAGAUCUUGUGCUCUGCUAGCGUAACAUUAACCGCGGGUAAUUGCUCAACCUUUGCCCACUUCCAACCUUUGGUCUGUCCUACAGUACUCACAGCCUCGGUGUGCAGCCAGUGUAGCCUCUGGUGCUGGUCCGAAAGGUCUCUCUUGCCACACGCACUUCACUUUUUCUGCUCCAGACAAAUAACAAGAAAAGCAUGUGUGUGUGUUGAGUCAUCUGUUCGGUUGACCUCGCUGCCCCUGAACACGGUGCUGCUGCCUGCUUUACUCCCCGAACUGUCCACUUGUCCAGUGAGGCUCGCUCCACACCAUGUCUGCAGAGGUGGAGAACUGCGCUGCCGUCCCUGCCGAUCCUAGCGUCGCAUCCCCAGCUACAGCCUCGACCAGCACUCCUCCCACCUCCCCUGCGACAGCCACAUCCAAGGUCCCAUUCAAGAAAGAGAAGAAGAAAGUCUCAGAGAAGACUGAUGAGUACCUGCUGGGCAGGUUUCAAGGGGAUGGCGUGAGGUACAAGGCCAAGCUGAUUGGCAUCGAUGAUGUCCAAGAGCCCAGAGGAGACAAGAUGUCCCAGGACUCCAUGAUGAAACUUAAGGGCAUGGCAGUAGCUGCUCGGUCCCAAGGCAAACACAAACAGAGGAUCUGGGUCAACAUUUCCAUGUCGGGCAUCAAGAUCGUUGAUGAGAAAUCAGGAGUGAUUGAACAGGAACAUAUGGUGAGUAAGAUCUCCUUCAUCGCCAGAGAUGUAACGGAUAACAGGGCGUUUGGAUACGUGUGCGGAGCAGAAGGGCAGCAUCAGUUCUUCGCCAUCAAGACGGCACAACAGGCAGAGCCCCUGGUCAUUGAUCUGAAAGAUCUCUUCCAGGUCAUCUUCAACCAGAGGAAGAAAGCGGCAGAUACCUCACAGAAGGGGGAAAAUGGCUGCACUGUAGUUGAGAAUGGGAGCGAUGCCCUGCUAGGUGUGGGUGGUGAAGUAAAAGCUGCUCAACCAGUGGAGCAGCUUGACCUUUUUGGAGACAUGUCGACCCCUCCAGACAUCCAGUCUCCAAAUGACUCUAAUGAUAUUCUCUUGCUGGACUUUUCCGCUGAAGUUGACAGCAAUCAGAAUUACAUAAAGGGAAACUCCUUUGUAACUUCCUGUGGCCCUGACCGUAGGGCAUCUCCCCAGACAGAGAAUCCUUUUUCCUCGACAUUUGGCUACUUUCCAACCCCAGACAGUGACCCUUUCAGAGAUGACCCCCUUUCUAACUCGCCCGCUUGGUCGGAACCCGAUAAUUCACUGAUCUCAAUCGCCGCCACUAAUAACCUAAACAGCACUGCUGACAACGCUUAUAAGACAAUUAUUAACGGUGGUUCAAAUGGAGACCACGAACACCUCAGUGAGCAGAUAAAUGGCUUAUCCAGUAAGACCAUGAUCCUCGCUCUCAGUAACGGACAGUGGCCACUAGGGGGCACAAUAACUCAGGGCAACACAAUUACCAUGAUGGACGGGAAUGAAUCUGGGACAGCCAAAAACCCGUUUUUUGACUCACCUUUGACAACGUCCCCUUUCUCUAAUGGCAUAACGCACCACCCGCAACCCCCAGUGACUCAUAGCAAGGAUUCAGUUGUCAUAAGCCCGCCUCCGCAGAGCUCUAAGGCUGGACGAGGUCGAAGGAGCACAAAGUCCACAGCAAGUGACCUGUUUGGAGCAGAGCUAUUUUCUACUCCGGCUCACUCUGAAGGGUCGUCUUCCUCGGGGGACUUUUUCAACAGUACACCUGCGAACUCCACUCCCUCCUCCAUAGCUGCUCUGGGGAAUCUUCAGUUGGGUUCUCCAGCUACCACAGGUAUCCCCGCUGCAGGCAUGUGGGGAGCCUCCAUGGCUCCGCCUUCAAUGUUCACUAUGCCAGGAGUGACCGCUCCAGGGCCAAGGCCCGCUUACCCACAUCCAUCUGCCUACACACAUCCAUCUGCCUACCCACAUCCAUCUGCCUUUGGUGGCCUACCCAUACCACCCACAGCCUGGGGUGCGCAGGUGCCACCUCAGUUUGGUGCCGCGCCUUUGUCUCCGCCCCACCUCAACUGGGCCCAGCCUCCACCAGCUGCUCCCGGUUGGGGUCAGCCCAUCACGACCAAUCCUUUCCAGCCUGGCCUGUUCCCUGCAAUGGGUGACCAGCAUGGUCCGUCACGCCCCCCUCCUCGGCCGCCUGUUAAGGAGGCACCUCCGAAGGUAGAGAACAGCGCCUUCACAGCUUUGGACCCCCUUGGAGAUAGAGAGAAGAAGGCUGGAAAGGACAUGUUCAAGGACUUCCAGAUUGCCAAACCCCCUGCCAUCCCAGCGAGGAAAGGGGAGCUAGUGUCCAACUCUGCCCCCGGAAGCAACGAAGCCGGGGCGUUCGAUCAGUACUUUAACAGCAAAGUGGGCCUGGCUCAGGAUAAUGCAGAUUAUGAUGACUUUGACAUCAAUCAAAUGUCACAAACUGUUAACGAUGUUCCUAAACCAGCGCCUGCUCUCGCUGCAGCUCCGGGCUUUAACCCCGGCCUCCUCAAUGCCGCCUUCUCUUCCGCUCCCAUCGCAAACAACUCUGCACCAGCCCAGGGACUCAAUCAUGACAUGUUUGAUCAAGCAUUUGGGGCCCCAGAUUCCAGUCUGUUUGGAGCACCGCCUGCAGCCAUGCAGACUGCUGCAGUUGGUCAGUCUUCUGGUUCAACAGCGGCUUUUGGGGAUCCUUUUGGAAAUCCCUUUGCUUGAUCGUAACUUUGUGCAUAAUUAAGAUGGAGCAAAUGGAAAUCUUCACAUGGAAUAACAUCUUUGGGACAAGCUGCUACGACGUGCGCGAGACAAUCCAAAAAAAAUGAACUUUUCUAACUCUUGUCCCUGACCCACCCUUUUGUUUACACCUCCACCUCUGAUGUUUUUGUUUUUUCUAUCCAAUCAGUAGUUUCCUUAUUUCUAAAGACCGCUGAUCUAAGAAGUAAAUGUUAUGUCCUGAUCUGCUGAAGAAAGAAAUGUGGUGUGUGUGUGAGAGAAGGUGCGUCCAAAGAGGUUCACUGCUGAUGCUGUCUGUGUUUAAUAAAUAAAAUAAUUCAAUCAUAAAGC